AUGGCGAAGGUCAGCGGAAUCAGCGAAAAAGUCGCCAUCGAUGCUCUUAGGAAGGCACUCUGGUACAAGUCGAAGUUCAGAAAGUGGAUAACGCUCGAGAAACCUCGCACGAUCCAGGAUGCCCUCCACAAAGCCUCGGAUUACAUAAUGAUCGAAGAAGAGACGAAGGUCUUGUCGCAAAAACAUAAGCCGACAAGGAACUCUUCGAAAGACGUGGAUCCAAAAUCAAAGAAGAAAACUUCUCGUAACGACGAGUAUGUCCAUCACGAGGGGGAAGAACUCCAGGGCGCGCACAAUUACGCGAUCAAUCCAGAGCAGGCCAGGACUUCGGGAAAUACGUGGAACCGUAACCAGAGUUACGACAAAAACGUAUACUGUGAGUUCCAUCUGACCGAAGGUCACUCCACGGCUAACUGCAAACUCGUAGGGGCGAGGCUGGCCGCGAAGCUUCUUGCUGGAGAACUCUCUGGAGUAACCAGCGUCAAGGAUCUAAUCCUCGACUCCGACCGUCCGCCAAAAACCAACAAGGAUCCUCCCGCGGAGAACUCGUCACCGAAAAAUCAAGCGGGGGAUAAGCGCGAGAGAAGACCAGAUGAUAAGGGAAACGAUAAUUCCCGAAGGAGGGUCAACAUGAUCAUGGGAGGAUCCCAGUACUGCAGGGACUCGGUUUCGGCCAUCAAAGCCUACCAACGGAAAGCCAAGUCGACUGCAAAGUACCCUCCGCGGUCACCUCCUCAAGACGAACGGAACACCUCGAUAACGUUCACCGAAGAAGAGGCGUACGGAAUCAACCAACCUCACUGCGACCCCUUGGUCAUUGAUCUCGUAAUAAGAGAUCUCGAAGUCGCAAGGAUACUUGUCGAUAUCGGAAGCACGGUAAACCUAAUCUUCCGCGAUACCCUGAGAAGGAUGGGCGUCGAGCUGGGAGAAGUUACCCCGGUACCGAAACCGCUCACGGGUUUCUCCGGACAAACGUCCAUGACCCUGGGAUCGAUUCAGCUACCCGUGAUGGCAAAAAACGUUACCAGGAUAGUUGACUUCGCGGUAGUAGAUAGCCCGGCUAUUUACAACGCAAUCAUGGGAACUCCAUGGCUAACGCUAUGA